GAUGACACUGAAAGAGGAGAGUCAAGAACUCAGUGUUCAGCAUGAGAAAUAUGAUUUCAUGACUGGAGAAAAAUCAUUUAGAUGCUCGCAUACUGAAAAGACAGCAAAUAGAAGUUAUUUCACCUGCCAACAGUGCGGGAAAAGUUUCACCAGAAAAGGAAAUCUUGAAGUCCACAUGAGAGUUCACACCGGAGAGAAACCUUUCACCUGCCAACAGUGUGGGAAGAGCUUCAUUAAAAAACCAAACCUUAAAAACCACAAGAGAAUUCAUACAGGAGAGAAGCCUUACACAUGCUCUCAGUGUGGGAAAAGUUUUAAACAUAAACAACACCUCGAUGACCACAUGAGGAUUCACUCUGGAGAGAAGCCUUACACCUGCUCUCAGUGUGGAAAGAGUUUCACUCACAGAGGAAACCUUGGAGACCACAAGAGAGUUCACACCGGAGAGAAGCCUUUCACCUGCAAACUGUGUGGAAAGAACUUCAUUCGAAAACCAAACCUUAAAUACCACAUGAGAAUUCACAGUGGAGAGAAACCUUUCAUAUGUUCUCAAUGUGGAAAAAGUUUUAAACAUAAACAACACCUCGAUGACCACACGAGGAUUCACUCUGGAGAGAAACCUUUCACCUGCCAACAAUGUGGAAAGAGCUUCAUUCAAAAAGGAAACCUUAACAAACACAUGAAGAUUCACAAGGGAGAAAGACCGUUUACAUGAGUUUCGGACGUAAAGUAGCUCUUUAACGUGUACUAUCACACCGUUAUU